AUGAGUCAAAUUCAAUUAAUACCCAAAGAAAUUCAGAGCAUCAUUCCUAGAUACGAUGGAGAUGAUAAGUUACUCAAUUUAUUUAUUUCAAAAUGUGAAUAUGUAAUUAAAAGUUUCCGUGGGGACAAUAACCCUACUCAACAAGCUUACCUCUACCAUUGUGUAACCAGUAGGUUAGUAGGAAAAGCUGCUAUCUUAGUAAGUGAACGAGGAAAUAUUAAAACUUUCGAAGAAUUAAAAGAAGUAUUUGUCCAACACUUUGGAGACCCUAGAUCUGAAGCAUGCAUUAGCAUAGAGUUAGACAACCUUAAGAUAAAACAUGGGGAGUCGUAUAUAGAUUUCUGUCAUAGAAUACAGAAUGUUAAGAGCUCUCUCAUUUCUAAAAAUAACCAAAUAUUUAAACCAACAUUUAAACCUAAUUUUGUACCUAAUAUUAAUAACAAUAGAUUUAACCAACAGCCACAAGGUUUUAGACCAAAUCUACAUCAACCAUUUAAGCCUAACUUUAAUAGACCAUUUAAUGGUCCACCACAACAAUUUCCACGUGCUUUAAAUAAUUAUAAGCAGUCAGGAUUCUUUAAACCAAAUCCUAACCAGCAAUUUAGAUUUGGGAUUAAUACCAAUCAACAGCAUAAACCGCAUUCUACAUCACAUACAGACGUAACAAUGCGUACCGUACAAAAUAAUAUGCUAAAUGAACAAGAAGCUGACUAUGAAUUCAGACAAGACUAUGACGAUACGGUUAUAGACGAAUUUAAUAUGGAGGAAGAUACUCAAUUUACUAACGAAUACAGUAGUGAAGAAAUAGACGCAAAUUUUCAAAUAGAAGCCUCUCCAAUACCCCAACCGAAAUAA